AUUUUUCGGAAACCUAUUGAGUGGCCACUGGUUUUGCCUACACAUCGAUCUGAUAGGACAUCCAAACAGCUACUGAUUCUUGUUGUUUGUGGUGAUAAUAAUAAUAAUAAUAAUAUCAAUCAUUUCAUAUAUCGAUAGACCAUCAGAUGUUAUCCGUGAGGCCAACACUUAACAAGUGUUGAUUUUCGGGUCAUCGUUGUUGUUGUUGUUGGUGUUGUAGUGGCUAACGAUGCCAUUACGGUGAACCAUAUAUCGUAUCAUAAAAGUGGACACAUUUUAAGAGUGAUCUCUCUCUCUCUCUCUCUCUUUCUUUUAUCACAUUUCAUAUGUCGUCGUCACUAACAAUGGCCAACAAUAACAACAAUAGCAACAACAACACGACCACUGCCGCCGCUAACGCCAACAACGACUGGCGACCCGAUUAUUUUCUAUUGGGAAUGUACUCUAUGCGACCACAACUAUGCGACGUGACUUUGAUUACCGACGAUAAUCACCGAAUUGUAGCCCAUCGUAUUGUUUUAGCCGCCAGUUUGCAGUACUUUCAGGCCAUGUUUGUCGGUUCGCCGAGCGGCGGCCAAUAUGUAGAAAGUGGCCAGUGCGAGAUACAUAUACGUAAUGUGGAUGGCAUGGCAUUAAACGAGAUUAUCAAGUGGUCCUAUACGGGUCAAGUGGACACCAGAACCGAUAAUGUGGAACAGUUGAUGAGCGCCGCAAAAAUGCUGGACUGCGACCAUGUGGUGGCCAUUUGUGUCCAGUUUAUUGAAUCCCAGUUGCAUCCGGAGAACGCACUGGGCGUCUACGGGUUUGCCGAACUGCUCGGCUGUACUGAUCUCCAAGAGUUCACAAUGAACUAUAUAUACAAUAACUUUGUGGCCAUUUCGCGCCAAUCGGAAGAGUUUAUGCAGUUGACCGGUGAACGAGUGGCUCAAAUAAUAUCUUCGGAUCUGUUGGACACUGGAGAGGAUGGCGAACAAGUGGUACUGUCGGCACUGAUUGCUUGGAUACUAUACGCCCGAACCGAUCGUAUGAAGUGUUUGUCGUCGCUUAUACAACACAUACGAUUUCCGCGCUUUACUCAGGAAAGUCUUGUACGCAUUGAAGACGAGUAUCCGAUCAUCAAAAGCGACGCCACCUGUAAGGAUCUGCUCAUCGAAGCCAUGAAAUAUCAUCUCUGUAAUGGCCAGAUUUCGGUGGCGAACAAUGCACGCUUUCGGCGACGCAAACCAAUGGGACGGGCCAAGUGUUUGCUGGUAUUUGGCGGCCAAUCGCCGAAAGCCGUCUCCGAGAACGAGUACUACGACUUUAAGCUGUGCCAAUGGAUUAAACUGGAACCCAAUCUACCUGAUCGUCGAUGUCGCGCUGGACUAGCCAUUCAUAACGGUAUAGUCUAUGUAAUCGGUGGUUUCAAUGGACAGUCGCGUAUCAAUACAGUCGACAGGUUUGAUCUGCAGCACAAAGAGUGGAAACAGUGUCGACAAAUGCUGGCUAAGCGGUCAACGCUAGGGGUCGGCCUAUUCAACAAUAUGAUCUAUGCUAUCGGCGGUUUCGAUGGUACAAUUGGCCUACAGUCGGCCGAAGUGUAUGACCCGAAAAAAGAUUUGUGGCAAUACAUUACGCCGAUGUCUACCCGACGCUCAUCAGUAGGUGUGGCCACACUUAACGGCGGCAUUUAUGCCGUKGGCGGCUACGAUGGCGCCAGUCGACAGUGUCUGUCAUCUGUCGAGUAUUAUAAUCCCGUGAACAACACGUGGACAUUGAUUUGUGAUAUGUCUCAGCGUAGAAGUGGAGCCGGCGUCGGAGUAUUAGAUGGUCGACUGUAUGCAAUUGGCGGCCACGAUGGACCAGCCGUACGCAAGAGUGUCGAAUGCUACGAUCCGGCUACCAAUAGCUGGUACCAGUGCGCCGAUAUGAUCAAUGCUCGCCGCAACGCCGGCGUAGUCUCAAUGGACAGCUUUCUAUAUGUGAUUGGCGGCGAUGAUGGCCAGAGUCAUCUGUUAUCCGUCGAGGUGUAUAAUCCACAGAUAAACUCGUGGUCACUGUUGCCGGAAGAGAUGUCUAUGGGACGAAGUUAUGCUGGAGUUGCCAUCAUUGACAAGACAUGGACGUGAAUACCCCGCAAAAAAACGACUGAUAAAUUACAUUACAUGUUAUUUUGAUAUUUUUUAUCAUUAUUAUUAAUAAUUUGUAAUAA